AUCGGGUCUGGGGAAUCCUGCGUCUGGAGUGCCGGGAGGGUCCGGUGCAGCCGUCAUGUCCCUGCAGGCUGACUUUGAUAAGGCAACAGAAGAUGUGAGGAAGCUGAAGACCAGGCCAGAUGACCAGGAACUGAAAGAACUCUAUGGGCUCUACAAACAAUCUAUAAUUGGAGACAUAGAUAUUGAGUGUCCAGCAAUGAUAGAUCUAAAAGGCAAAGCUAAGUGGGAAGCUUGGAACCUUCAAAAAGGAUUAUCAAAGGAAGAUGCCAUGAGUGCCUAUAUUUCUAAAGCAAAAGAGCUAAUAGAAAAGUAUGGAAUCUAAAAUUCAGUGUGUGAGAAAAUUUGCCUUUUGAAGCCCUCAGAAUGGUAUCAUGACCUAUUAUUUAGGGGAGAAGUGCACUGUUAACUCUUUAUUAAUGAAUAUUUUUGCUAUUAACAUGAAUUGUAAUUCUUAAUUAGAGGUAACUUUACUUGCUAAAACCAGGCGAUUUUUAAAAAGCUCUUUUAUAGAAAGUGUGGCUCUGGUGGUUGGUGUACAAAACAUUAACAAUUGCUUGUUCUUUUGGCUUAUCUGUUUCUUUCUGCAGUGAGCCGCUCUUACUGGUGUAGUCAAAACAGUUUACUGAGAACCAGUAACAAGACCCUUUCUCUGUUGCACUGUGUAGCUUUGGGAUUCCUGCUGACGUGGGGCCUUGAUCAUCACAGACAUGCCUGGUUCCCUUCCUCCUUCUGUGGUUUAUUGACUAGGUAACCUGAGGCAGGUUCCUAAAGCUUACUAAGCCUCGUCUGUAGAGUAUGGAAAAAAAUCAGUCUCACAGGGUUAUAAGAAUUGAAUGAGACAACUGUAAUUGUCCCACCUUAAUUUUUAAAGCAUGUACUGUGUAAAAGCUAACAAUAAGCAACAAAAUGUUUAAAAAUAAACUUAUGAGUCUAUCUACAUUGUUCAAAGAAAGAAAAAGACCAUCAUGGGACUAACAACUAAUGGUCUUUAAAUUUUUACAUUUAAAACAAAUUUUUUAAAAAGCCAACUGAGGAGUUCUCUUGUGGUGGAUCUGGCAUUGUCACCGCAGCAGCUCUGGUUGCCACUGUAGUGCAUGUUCGAUUCCUGGCCCUGGAACUUCCUCAUACCACCAUCGAGCCCCCCCCCCCAAAAAAAUAGAAAGAAAACAAACUGAAAGGAAGUAUCUAGAAAUGACAGACUAUACAAUUACUAUGCCUCUUAUGUCCAGUUUUAUCAGAAUGAAAAUGCAGAAUCUGGAAUAUCCCAUUAAACCAAUUCUCAGUGGAACUUGCCUGUACACUUGCUCUCUGAAAGAAGAUAGUCUCAUUUUAAUUUUUAUUGUUUUAUUUUUGUUUUUUAGGGCCUCACUCUUGGCACAUGGAAGAUCCCAGACCAGAGAUCAAAUCGGAGCUGCAGCUGCUGGCCUACACCACAGCCACAGAAAUGCAGGAGCCGAGCCUCGUCUGUAACAUACACUGCAUUUCAUGGCAGUGCUGAAUCUUUAACCCACUGAGAGAGGCCAGGGAUAGAACCUACAUCCUCAUGGAUACUAGUCACAUUCGUUUCCGCUGCACCACAAUGGGAACUCCAAUAGUCUCUUUUUUUUAUAGUUCUACAAUCAGUUUGCAAUUCCACAGGCCGAAAACCUGCCCAAACAGUAGAUGCCUCCAUUCUCAGCAUGAGGGUUUAGGUUUAGUGUCGUAGAAUCAGAGAUUGAUUUUAUGUGACUUUUACAAAAAAUGUGCAUCAACCAGACAAAUUUCCAGGGUAUUAUGCUGAGUUAAAAAAAAAAAAAAAAGGCCCAUCCCCCAAAGUUACAAACUGUGCGACCUCAUUUAUGUAACAUUUUUGUCUUUUUUUUUUUUUUUUUUUUUUUGCCAUUUCUUGGGCCGCUCUUAUGGCACAUGGAGGUUCCCAGGCUAGCGGUCGAAUCGGAGCUGUAGCCACCCAGCCUACCCCAGAGCCACAGCAACUUGGGAUCCGAGCCUCGUCUGCAACCUACACCACAGCUCACGGCAACGCCGGAUCCUUAACACACUGAGCAAGGCCAGGGGAUCGAACCCGCAACCUCAUGGUUCCUAGUCGGAUUCGUUAACCACUGAGCUAUGGCAGGAACUCCCUAUGUAACAUUUUUGAAAUGGCAUGAUUAGAGACGGGACUGAAUAGUGAUUGCCAGGGACGGGGGUAGGGAGAGGGGGCUAUAAAAGGGCAGUGAGAAGGAACCAGUGAUGGAAUGUUCUGUACCCUGACAGUAUCACUGUCAUCCUCCGGAUGUGACAUCAUACUAGAGUUUUGCAUGAUGUUGCCACAAGGACAAACUCUGUAUCAUUUCUUAGAACCCCCUGUGACGCAACAGUUAUCUCAAAAUAAAAAGUUAAAAAAAA